GCCUGUAGAGUAGAUAUAACAACAGCGAGUGAGGGAAUCUGCGGGAAGGUGGCGCUGUUGUAACAAACUGGAUGCAAAGCGUCUAAUCAAAAUAACAACGAAGGAGAACACAGCCGCGCGUGCGCAUUAAUUACAACACCGGGUUCAAUAAACGUAUGGCGUAGUAUCAGCUGUUUUAUUUUAUUUGAGCUUUUUACAACUUUCUAUUCUAUUUGGAUUAACGCUAUAUUUGUUAUAUUUCCAUUAAAACGUUAUUUUAGCACCCGUGAUGCAUUGCGCGUUAAAUCAUGGACACUUUUUUAAAAAUUGAUUUUAAACUUACAACCUCAGAUUUGGACAAGAGAGGCAGACCUGGAGUCAGUUUAUAAACACCAGGAUUAGAUAAAGUCAAGUCUGAUAUUCUCCACCAGAUCUGAUUAUUCAUCUGUAAUAAUGGGAAAGAUUGGAGUUUGAUGCAGAUUUUCUUUUUUCUUGUUUAUGCAGUGACCCAGGACACACAGUUCAGGAUGUCAACAAUCCUGACACUGAAGUGAAGUGUGGCUUCAUAGUAAAUACUUCAUGACCGUAUACUUUCAGAUGUGUACAUGAUUAAGUCCACUUUCUGGAGCCAUUCCUUGAUUGGGCCUAAUUGGGUUGCAAGACUUCAAAAACACUUCAACCAACGCCUAGAAGGUGUAAAAAAAAAAAAAACCUAACGUGAGAAACUGUUCCUGUUUGUAAUGCAGUAAAGAACACUGUAACCUGAUAUUCAGCUUUGUGUGUAAUCACGUAAAAGGGUGUAGAACCCGUUAAAGAAAGAAAAAAAAAAUCAAAACAAUGACCACUAAGUCUGUCUCAGUCACCAACUUACCAUACUGGGAAAGUGGCAAAAGGAGAAUUCGAUUCUUGUAUCUAGUCGGUGACGAUUCCUUUCAAGUGACCAAACCAAGUACAAAUGAGGAUCCAGCAAUCCCUCUAUUUCUUGGAGCUGAUCUCUUUUUGAACACGGACGUCCGCACCGAGAACCAUCCCAGGUACCACGCCAAGUAUGCAAAAAGGGGACUGGCGACCAAACUGGCGUUCUCCUCAGACCUCAGGUUCCAAGGCUUACGAGUCCCUUGUUCCAGUAACAGUUUGUGGUUCUACGGUGUUCACGGGGUUUUUCGAGUUGCCUUUGAGCUUUACAGCAGACAAGAGCAGCUGUCGGUCUUGGAGUCGUUUCAGGAUCUGUGGAAAUCUCGGAUCGACGAUGAUCAACUGAACUCGGUGUACAACAUUGGAAUCCAGCUCGACAUGAAACCACCAAAACCCAGUGAUCAAGAGAAACCAGUGGGAGUUAAUCAUUUAUCUAGUGAUAUAUCUGUAUGUACUGAGGACCAUUUAAGCUCUCAGGAGACAGUGGAAGACUUGGAGGAAAUGACCUUAGAGUCAACAUCUGGUCAAGGAGAUACUUCCUUUUCUGCAGACCAUGAUUACUGCUCCCUAGCUGAACCAGUGGAGUCGAAAUACUUUAGCGUACUCACGGAGAGACUUUAUAGCCUAGGAAACAAGGUGAAACGCACAUCAAUUGUGGACAAGAACCAAGAAGAGACCAUUUUGAAACUUCUGGAUUAUGUUGAUUAUUGGAUUGAUGGACAGGUAGAUGAGGAAAAACUGGCAGAAGCAGUGACGGUCUUGCUUCAAACUCAUUUUAAUGGUUAUUCCAUCUAUUCCAGUCCUUUACUACAGGCUGUGGCUAGCUGGCUGGGUCGACAGUUCCAUGAAGCCAACAGCAGUGUGAGUGACCAGGUGGAAGGAUUUAAGAUAAGAAAUAUUGAACACAUUAAAGACCUGCCUCCAGCAGAAGAUCUAGCAACCGAGCUCUUCCCUGAGGCCAUGAGGAACCUGCUGAUACACUGGAUGGGCCUCAGCGAAGAAGCAGCAACAUGGAAAAGGCUCAGUGAAUAUCCCAUUGUUUUGCUCAUACUGGAGUUUGCCAACCAUAACCUCAUCACAGGUGUGGCUCAUGUCUUGUAUUCCAGUCUAAUAUGCAGGUAGAGAGACAUUAUUGUAGUGCCGUUGUAUCCUUGGAUGUGUUUGGUAUCUCCCAAAUCUGAGCUGUUUAGAAUUCCUGCUUCACUUUACAGACACUUGGCCUAAUACUUAACUUUUAACCACAGUUUAUCCCAGUUGAGGACCAACAUGAGCGUCCUCCAAAUAAUGCGAAGCUAACAUCUUUCCAAAACAAAAAAGCCGCCAUCUUGAAGACGGGAUGGUUUUGCUUCAAACUCUUUUUCAUCUCUACUCCAUUCAUUCCAGUCCUUUGCUACAGGCUCUGUAUAGGCAAGCUGUCUUGGGUUAAGAUGUGCAUGAAGCCAAAAGCAGCACAAGUCACCAGUUGGACAGAUUUAAGACAUGAACACAUAUUAAGGACCUGUGGAGGAUAUGGAGACUGAGCUCCUCCCCGAAGAGGUGAAGAGGUGGUCACAUGUAAAGAGGAAUGCCAUCUUUCCCACCCAGAGAGCAAUUCCUUAGAUUUAUGUAGUGCUUUUCUAGGAACUCAAAGCACUUUACAUUGUAUGGGCAGGAAAUCUCCUCAACCACCACUAGUGUGUAGCAUCCACCUGGAUGAUGUGAUGGCAGCCAUAUUGUGCCAGGACGCCCACCACACACCAGCUAUUCAUGGAGAGGAGACAGUGAUGUAGCCAAUUCAGGGAUGGAUAUUAUUAGGGGGUCAUGAUAGUUAAGGUCCAACGGGGGAAUUUUCGCCAGGACACCAGAGUUAUAAUCCUACUCUUUAUGAGAAGUCUCCUGGGAUUUUUAAUGACCACAGACAGUCAGGACCUCGAUUUUACAUCUCAUCCGAGAAAGCAGGGCCAUUGAUGUGGCAUUUGUGACAGUGGUGACUUGUGAUCUCGCACUUGCUUACAGUUGUGCAAUCAGGAGGUAACCUAGUGAUGCAUUUUAUUACACUUUAUGGCCAAUAGUUUGUGGACACCUGACCAUCACACCCAAAUGUGGUUCUUACCCCAACCUGUUUCCACAAAGUUUGAAGCACACAGUUGUAAAGAAUGUCUUUGUAUGCUGUAGCAUAAUAGUUUCACUCACUGGAACCAAGCCUGGUCCAGCAUGUAAGACUUGGUUUACCUAGGUUGGAGUUGAAGAACUCGAGUUUCCUGCUAAGAGACCUGACCUCAACUCUGAACACUGACUGCACCCCAGGCCUCCUCACCCACUAUCAAUGCCUGAUCUCACUAAUGCUCUUGUAGCUGAAC